GUCGGGGCUUGUUGGGCUUACUGAAUAAUUUUCAGAAUUAAUAAAUAUUAUUAUUUAGAAAUAUGAGUAUUUUACACGGAAUUUUACUUUUUGGACUUAUAGAGAUAUGUUUAUCGCAAAGAUUUCAGUUAAGACAACUACACUUUAACCAACCAAGAUUCCAAAUUCGCCGAAACACGGGAAUAUUUGAUGCGGAUCAUGUGACGUUAAUAGAUCCACGCGCCUCGUUCUCGGGUGCACACGCUUCCGCAUCUGCCUCGACUGGGCUUGGAAUAUCAACGAUUAAUUUAAAUGAGUUGCUGAGACUUCAUCACCAGUCAUUGUUAAGACAACCUGCUAGACAGAUUGUCCAGAGAAGAAUAGCUGUUCCUCAGACGGUGCAACUUCCGGCUGCGCAGCCCAUAACUUCGCACCUGAGCAGUGCGCAUAUGCCGCAGCAACAAUUCGGAGGUGUACAAUCACCGAUUAUUUAUGGGCUUGACACACCAGAUCCAAACACACCAGACACUCCAGACCUUGUUUAUGCGCCGAGGAGUAUGAUGAACGACCUUCACCAGGUUGAACUGUUGAAGAAUCGAGCGGAAGCUGAUGGAGUCGUAUUCGUGUAA